UGAGGAGACGCCAAGAUGGCGACGCCGCCGGGAGCAGCAGCAGCAGCAGCUGCGAGGAGUGUGGUGUUUGUCACCGGCAAUGCCAAGAAACUGGAGGAGGUAAUUCAGAUCCUAGGUGACUCCUUUCCAUACAAGCUGGUUGCAAAGAAAAUAGACUUGCCUGAGUACCAAGGGGAACCUGAUGACAUUUCUAUCCAGAAGUGCCAGGAAGCAGCUAAGCAGAUCCAGGGUCCAGUUAUUGUCGAAGAUACUUGUUUGUGUUUCAAAGCCCUUGAGGGACUCCCAGGGCCGUAUAUAAAAUGGUUCCUAGAGAAGCUGAAACCAGAAGGGCUGUACAAACUGCUAGCAGGAUUUGAAGAUAAAUCUGCUUAUGCUCUCUGCACCUUUGCCUAUAGCACUGGAAAUCCAGAUGACCCAGUGAAGCUGUUCAAAGGCCAGACUCAGGGACAUAUAGUUGACCCAAGGGGACCUAGAGACUUCGGAUGGGAUCCUUGUUUCCAGCCAGAAGGUUAUGAUAAGACCUAUGCAGAAUUGCCCAAGUCAGUGAAGAACUCAAUCUCUCAUCGUUACAAAGCCCUGAAAGAACUGUCUACCUAUUUCUCUCAAGAGCACAACUUGACAGAGACCACAUCUUGUCCCAGUUAGCCUGUCUGGGUCUAUGAGAUCCCGUGGCUUUUGUACAGAAAAUUGUAUUUGAAAUUGGAGAUCAAUGUUUACUUGCCUGCACAGAUCAUGUCCAAUAAUUUUACUUUUCUUUAAAGACCCGUGUUUCUAGCUUUUUUGCUUGUGAAAUAGUUCUUUCCAAAAGGCAGCAUGUCAAAUAUGUGUUGAAGGAUUUAGAUUUUCACCAGAAGCACCAGAAGAAUUCAAGAUAUACUAGCAUACAGGAAUGAAGAUGCAAGAAUAAGCAUUAACUGUUCAAUUGCCAGGAAAAUAAACACGGGAUUGAUGUGCUUUGUUAUCAA